AGUUAUCCGAUUGUUUGACGAAAGAACGAGAGGUCGUUUUCGCUCAAUAUUCAACAUCAGCAGUCCCUUCAGACAAGUCUGUUGUGAACAGACCAACAAAAAGGCAUGGCUACACAAGUUCCCCAGAUCCCGACCUGUAAUAAACAUCAUGAAGAAGCUGUUGCCUUGUUUUGCGUUUCCUGUGACGAGAAUAUGUGUACGACAUGCGUGAUAGAAAACACCCAUAGCCAACACAAGCUGUGCAAACCUCACCAAAUUCUUGAGAUGAAGAGAAAAGAGUUCAAAGAUCUGAUUGAAACAGAAGGUAUGGACAAAAUACGUGAAAAGAUCAGUCUACAAGUUAAAUUGAUACAGAAACACAAUACUAAUGUGAGUGUUCACCAGAGCCAAACUUCUACUGCAAUUGAAAAUCGGUCUGCAAAAUUAAUGCAAAUCAUCGAAAAGGAAAAGAAAUCUCUACUCAUGCAUUCAAAACGUUUGCAUGACCAGCAAUUAAACUUUCUCAGCAACCAGGAAUCGGUGGCAAAAAGAUGUUUGGCAUUCUUAGAAAAGCAUGGAAGUGAUCCAGAAUCGUUCUUAAAUACACAUCAAGAUGAAAUGCAGCAAGUCGUGAGAGAUUUGAAACUGGUACAGACAUACAUAGCACCAACAGACAUUAAAGCUGUUGUUUCUUUUGAUACCAGUCACGAGGUCACUGAAGUAGAUAUCAAAAAGAUUGUUGGCACCAUAAGGGAACAGAUGGCAUCAGACGAAAAGAAGGAGCAUGCUCACAAGCACAUGGAACUUGUCAAUACUUAUAGGCUCAUUUUAAAGGAAUAUACCCGGAUCCGUAAAACAAUAUCGAAGAUAUCGCCAAUUGAUAUGCAAACAGCAUUUGUGUUGGUAGGAGACAGCUAUCUGUUUCGAGUUCAGUUUAGUGAAGAACAUGAAAUUUUACCGAUAAAACAUGUUGCAACAAACGUUAAGGAUAUAACUAAGGUUGGUGAUAAAGGUAUCUAUCUGUGCACAGGAACACAAGUAAAGCUCUAUACCAUGAAAGAUGACAUGUAUGUCUUAGAUGAUGUCUCACCAGAUACAGUCAGGAGUGUAACUCUGACCGAAGAAGGGCAGGUAUUAGUUUGCUGCGUUGGACAAAGACUGACCUUUGACCCGACGCGUGAAGUAAAAUACAGCAAACUGCAUGUUCUUGAUCAAACAGGAAUCAAAAUUAGUACCGGGACUCCAUUCGAUACAAAUGCCGGCGAUACUUACAGGGUUGGGAAAUGUUGUGGAGAAUUAUAUUACUUAAGAAAAAGUCAAAAAGCUGGUGCAGUACAAAAGACCAUCGGUUUUAGUGCUUUUGUAAAUAUAUAUACGGGAAAUCUUGGAAGUAGCCCUGAGAAAUCUUUUGAUCCAAGAGGAAUUUGUUGUGAUGACAAAGACCAGAUCAUAAUUGCAGACUACAAUAACUGCGCAAUCCACCUACUUGGAAAAGGUUUUAGGUUUAUGAAGUUCCUGCUCAGGGAAUGGGAUGGACUGAACAAACCAACAGCAAUCACUCUAUACAAUGGAUUCUUGUGGAUUGGACAAGAGGAUGGAAAUAUUCAACUUCGAAAGUAUGAGUCAUAAACUAGUGAACAAAGGAAUUAACCAAAGGGACUCGGGUAAACACCAUUUCUUCGUAAAGUUGUAACGAAAACAUUACAGCACUCCAUUGCAAUACAAUAACAGAUUGUUACUGUUACAAUGUCACGAAUGUAAUAAUUCAACUUGUUACCACAGUGUUACAAUUUCAUGUAUAAAGGAGGCCUUAGUGGCCUGUUCUUUUCACUUGAAUAUUUCCGCAAUCAUGGCAAAAUAGUGUCAUCAAAAAUUAAAUUGCCCCAUUUUGGACUCCAACCAUCAGUGUCGAGGACUAUAUUGUUUAUGUAUACUGUGAUAUAAUCCAACGGAAGCUUCAACGUAAAUUGUUUAAAAAUUGAUCAACUGUUCAGGAGUAGUAAUCUAUUAAAGAUUUCAGCACCUAAAAUACCCCCUUUUAGGUUCCUAUCUCAAAGGAAAUAUAUAUUCCUUAAAUCCCUGAGGUUCUGCAAUAUUCGCCUUGAUAUUUAAGCAGUCUAGGUAAAAUAUCAUCAUUAAACAAAGUAUUGGAAAACCUGAUUUAUCUCUCUGUAUAAAUUAUAGGUAACUGGACUAUCGCCUAUACGUGAUUGUAGCAGGAUAAUCUACUGUAACCAAACUAAAUCUGACUGGACGAUCUGUUUAGAAAACAAUGCUGAGUUGGUCAUUGAUUAUUAAAAGUAAGCUGACUAUAAUGAUAUAUGUCUUUAGCAAACAAAGUUGACCGAGUUAUUACCUAUAAUGUAAGGAAGCCGGUUAAUUCGAUUGUAAAUCAAUUAAUUUUGAUGGAUACAGAGUACUAAAUUUCAUGACUUUCUUUCACCAGACUUAUUUACAAUGUUUUGAAUGCAUUAUCCAGUCACCUUGUGCAUUAUAUUAUUUAUAAUAUAUUGGACAGUUAUUUUGUGCUCAGUACUUUUCUUCCAAAUUGCUUUGAGAACGUUGACAUUUUUCCUCGUACAAGUUUAUCUUUUUAUUUCAUGGGACUCUGUAUCAGCAGGUAAUAUUCCAUGAAAGUUAUUUUUGCCCAAUAUAAUCGUGUAAAGCACUAUUACUUUUACUAAUAUUGUCAAACUAAAAACAAAAAACUGGAAAUUUUAGGUUCUGAACGAAAAAGACUUGAAUAUUAUGAUAAUCGAAUGUUAACGUUUUAGUAAUAUUUUCGAAUUUCUAAAGACAGCCUUGUUACGUAAAAUCUUGAACACGACUCGCGGAGAUGAUCCCCUGGUACAAGUUCAUAGUUUUAAGACUAUUUACUAUAUAUUUUUUUUUCUUUUUUUCUUUCUACAAAGUUUUAAUCUAACUAGUAAGCAAUGGGUUAAGCUAGAGAAGUUGUAAGUGAGUUGUAAUUUAAUUUAUUGUUGAGAUUGUGAACAAACUACUUAACCAGAUUUUUUUCACAAAUCGUACAUCAUGUUUCUGAGCUCGCCAGGUUAUCGUGAACCCC